AUGGAGAAUGUUAACAAUGCUAUCCCCUCGAGCGGUACGGCUGUUGAUCCCAACGCACUGGUUAAUCCAGAUGGGGGUCAGACGCAGCAGUCGCAGGCUAACCCCAACGCACUGGUUAAUCCAGAUGGGGGUGUGCCAUCUGGUUCUGGACCUACGCCUGCGGGCUCUGGUUCUGGACCUACACCUGCGGGCUUCGGCUUCGGGACUACGCCUCCGGGCUACGGUUCUGGGACUACGCCUCCGGGCUAUGGUCCUGCGGGACAGAUGACUUUUGGUCAGUUCAGUGUUCCACUUACACACUGUCCGGCAGGACAUGUUCCUCAGCCGAAUGGGACUGCUGUGCCUGUUGCGCCUGUUGCGCCCUUUGCGCCAGCUCCUUAA